AUGAAAAUAGCCAGGCUUUACGGCUUUGAAGGCCUAGACCUUGCUUGGAUUCCCGGAUUAUCAAGCUCUGACAUGACUAACACGGGCACUCUCUUUCAAGAUUGGCAAGCCGCAAUAGAAUUAGAGGCAAAAAAGUCUAGCCAGUCACCACUGAUUUUGACCACGAGGGUCGAUUAUACACCAAAUGGUAUACGUCCAGGAAGUUACCCAACACAGUCGAUACAGAAUUACUUGUAUUGGAUUCAUGUUCAAGCUAGUGAUUACAACAGGCCAGAGUGGUCGAACUUUACAAGGGCUCAUGCAGCUCUGUACAACCCAACCAGUAUUCUUAGUGGCGAUUAUGUAGCUAUCGGACCAGCCAUUACAGCAGAUGGGUUUUUGCGGUAUUAUCACAUCAAGAAUAGCAUAAAGGGGAAUAAAGACAUUCAAGUUAAGUACGAUGCAGAUUAUGUGGUUAAUUACUGCACAAUUGGGAACAUUUGGAUUGGUUUUGAUGAUGUAAAGGUGGUGAAAACUAAAGUUUUUUAUGCCAAGGAGAAGGGGCUGCCCGGUUACUAUGUGUGGGAAGUCCCUUAUGAUGAUGACUGGGUGCUUUCUGAAGCUGCAGCUGCAAGUAAGCAAUAA